AUGUCCCCAAGUUCCCCCACUGUUAAGUCCUCGGCAGCCUCCAGUCCCUCCUCUGGAAAAUCAUUGGCGUCAAAAAGCCCCUACGCUGUCAAGUUAUCAGGGUCUCCCAGUCCCAACGCAGCUAAGACCUCAGUGUCUACAUCGACGGUUACGUCUUCGGAGUCUCGCACUACCCCUUCAGCAUCUCCGGUUCCUAGCUCGAAACGUAAUAACAUAGCCAAGAAAGUGUCUAUCAACGAAGAAGACUCCACAUCUGAGAAACCUUCGAAUAAACCAGAAACACAAGCGCAAGAUAGAGCACAUAAAAAGAACUCUGUUGGCCCUGGAGGGGCGUGGCUAUUUGACGAUCAUUCCGAGCCGACAAUGCUGGAGAAAAACAUCAACAACGACUCGGCCACGAUGGAUAGUAACAAAGCCACAGGUCAUGGAUCUAACAUUUCCCCCACUGAUAAAAAUAAACCUGACGACAAUCUGAAAGCAUCCCUUACAAACGUGUCCAUAUCUGUUCCUCUAGACAACGAAUCUGCUCCUGAAAACGCAAUAAUUGAUACAAAAAAAGAGUUGAAGAGCACAGACAAAGAAGAUGGAAAUGGAAAAAAAGAUGACAUAUACAUUAAUAACCUCGACAGUGGCAACGGGAAAAACCCCAAUAACCAAGAUCAAAGUUCUAGAACUGCAAAACCCAAAGGCGAAUUAGCAGAGGAUGCGAGCUCUGCUGUGGAGAAAAGCGAACCCGAAAACGCAGAAGUUAUGAAGGAUGAGAGUGGAAGAACCAUCGAAAUGAUUGACGAAGAAGAAGACGACGACGACGAUGAUGAUGAUAAUGAUGAAUACGACGACGAAGAGGAAGAAGAAGAUGGAGACGAAGAUAAAGAAGGUGCUGCUACUACUGGCGAAGCAGCAGGCGGCCACAAUGGUGCCAGGAAGAGUAAAAAAAGGGGAAGACGCAAAAAAUUAGGAUACGGCAAGUUGAAAUGGAAUGCUGCAUCCAAAGUUGACACUGGUUCAGGUACACGCUCUAACGCGCCUAGAAGAAGUAACAAGAAGAUUCCUCGAUACAAAAACGAUUAUUCGCACGUACGGUCGCGAGUAACUUCAGUUAGUGAGGGGAGUACUGGAGAGAAAGUUACAGAUAGUCCAAUAACCAAGCGGAAACAGAGUGAAAACGAAGAGAAACGGAUUAGGAGUCAAUCCUUGUACAGACCUCCCCCUGAGUACAUUAAAGUACGACCACGCUUAUACAAUGAAGGAAGGAGAUACAGCGAAAUGCCAAGACAUAGUACAAUGCCUUACAGCGUAAAGCAAUCUUCUCGAUGAUGAAAAACUAUGAGAUCAUCAAUAACAUCCGCUGACCAUAACUGACGCUGCUCGUAAAGUUUCGAAGGGCUUGCCAUGUGCAACGGGCAAUUCGAAGAUCAGUGUUGGCGACGCAGAUACAAAGAGGUAUAUUGAUAAUCAUAAAUGUAAUUACAAUUUUGGACCUUUUUUACAUAAAGUGUACAAACUCAUAACGAAAAAAAAAUAAAAAGCCGUGAUUAAUUCUGUAACUUCUUUUCAAUUAAGAGUCCAAUUCAUUAAACCAAAAUGGCACUAUUAUUUUUGUCAACUGCUCAUAUCUUACAAAAUACGUAACAAUAAACAAUUUGUACAGCCCCGCUCAUGUUAUUAUUGAACUUCUCAAUCCGAACACUUUUAUUAUCGAAUUGGAAAGGGGUAACUGCUUGCAAAAUGUCGACAUUUAUUAGCUUGCUUAUUUGUUUGUUCGCCCGUUGAUUACUUUUCAAGCUUCUAAGCUCAACCUGCGUUGUAGGUGCGAUACGAAAACUGGUGGGCCUCGAGCAAAUCGGGAGAUACAAAUCUACAACAAAAGCAGAAGUUAUUCUGCAUUACAAAAUAUCUGUCAAAACUACGAGCGCUUUGAUUGGUCAAAAAACGUAUCGUUUAUUGCAUUGGAAUAUUGAACCCAUUGUAAUUGCCGAUCAAAGCGAUAAACCGCCCUUUCCAUCGGUUGACCGGUGUAAUAACCUACUUGGAAUGUUGGGAGUACACUCGAAAAGUUUUAAAUCGUGAGCCGGAUUUAUAAACUUUUCGCACGUUCUCCCAACAUCUCAAGUAGGUCAUUACGCCGGUAAACCGAUGAAAAGUGCGGUCUACUGUUUACUUAGUUUUACAUCGGCAAGAUAUCAAACCACCUGAACCUUUACGACCAAGGAGAACAACAGAUUGCGUUUAAGACACAGUGCGCUGCUCACAGAAAACUAAUUUACACAUCACUUAAGAAAAACAAAGAAUCGAUAAUAAGGAAAAUAAAAACAUUUGAUUAACGAUACUGCACGUCGAAGCCUCUUUAAUCAAUUCGUUUAAAACAUUUACCGGUUGCAAUCAUUCUUUGUUACCUUGAGCGUUACCCUGAGCCAUAUACGUUCUUUGGCUAAACUUCGGUUACCUACGUUCUUUGGCUAAAUUUAGGUUACCUGGAUGUCUUCCAAACGGGAAUUUCUAGUUAGCCGGCCCAAUCAAUAAAAGGAAAUUAUUGUUUUGUCUAAAUUUGUCUAAAUCUAAAUUUGGUUGAUAUUUACAUCCUCAUAGGAAGAUCAAUCAAAUCCGAUAUAAAAGAGGGUGCAAUUGGUGUAUAACUAAUUCUGUCGUUACACCAACCUGGGUCAGAGGUGAAGCUCACACGGGAGACAGUCGCUUCCCAUACUCCCUGUUUGCGUGGGAAAAUUAAGGCAAGCAAAGAUGAAAAACAUGUGCGUAUGCCAUUUGCGUGCACCAUGAGCAUGCAAAUCUGUAUUUCGUUUUAACCGCGUCGCCUUUUUCGCCACAGUACCAAGCUGCCGGUUAGACUUUAAAAGAACGCAACCAAAUCCCAAGUGUUCAUAGUCGCCAACCAAACAUAUUCUUUUCCACUGUUCGCGUGCACAAUGCCAUAUUGAAUGACGUCAUAGAAGUGUCGUCACGAAAGAUGUGUGCCAGAGAAAAAUGGAUACAUGAACUGAACAAAGAUUUACAUUUACGCCACCGGUUUAGCGGUUCGCGGGCGAGCAAGAAUAGAAGAUUAAUCACGAGGGAGGGGGAUUGUAAUGCCUGCUGUUUAAUGUUUAUUUUUCAUCUUCCUUCUCUUCAAGAGCACCACAAUCUCCUGCUUAGAUACUCCAUUGUCAUUGUCAUGAGAAUGAACGACUUGAUCAAUUCUCCGAUCGAAUCGUUCACUUCUACCAGCUUCAAAAACAUGCAGCCAUACUGAAUUAUUGAGGCCUCGAAUUUGCCAUCGAGCUGUUCAUUUAUGACAUCUGAAAAACUACCGCAGCUUCCUCAAUCUUUUUCCUGUCUUAGUUACAUACGCAUGCUCGUCCCAAAGAUAAUAUAAAGCUUCAGGAAAUCCAUCAGUACGCAGGUGUUUUUAUUCUGUUCCUUACUUGGAUCUUAAUUGGAUAUUUCAUUUUUCUUACAUGGAAAAUGCUCGCCUUUUUUAUCAAUUUUAGGCGCAUCAAAAUAAUUUCAAUAAUCACUUACGGUUUAUUAAAAUUCACGUUUUUGUCACGAUGGCGAAAUGGUUUGUUUCCUCUGGACGUUGAUUUAAAUUUUUUUUAUCCCUUCCAAAUGACAAUAAAUCAUUCAAAUGCUCUUCAAUCGAAGCAUGAAUAAAACAUUACAUGGAGGCGAACUAAUUAUAAUUUUUUUUUCUAUUAUCCAAGACAUCAUUAAAACCGCGGGUUCUUUUCAGAGAGGUUUCACGCCUCUGCCUACUCUCGCUCUUUCAAAUACAAGACAAACAAAUUUCACAAUGGUCAAAACAAACUUUCCAUCAAUAAAUUCAAUGACGAAUGGAAGCAAACCUUGACAGCAAAACAGUAUUUCGGAAAAGAUCUGUAAGCCGGAAAUCAUUGUAUGUAUCACUUGUAAAGGCAACCCUUUUUUUUUUCGCAAAUCGUCACACAAAAGUUCCCGGAUAACUUUCAAUUGCCCGGAUGUCACUUCCAUCACAACUGACUCUGUUGGAUCCACAGUCAUCACGUAUUCCAUUUUUCCAUUGCAAAUUAUACGAACACGGUGCGUCGAUAUUAAUAUUACCAGCAAGGUUCCGUUCGUCAAAAAAUCGUGUUUCGUCUCCUUUGGCAAAGUACUCUCAGAAUUUGCCCUCACUACUGUCUGUGAACUUAGCUGUCAUCACUUCGCUCGUGGUCACGACCAAACCGGGAAAUAAGUUUGUAUCAAGCACGAAAUAUUUUCGGUAUACAACGCGGGAGCACCCAUAAGGGAAACGAAACGAAGACUGCGAACGAGAAUGAACGAGAGCGCUUCUUAAAACCAGGUAUGAUAUGCUUUAUAUUGUUACACGUGGGAUUAUUAAAAAUAUUUCAGCAAUUCAGCGUAUGAUCUCGUGGCUGUGGUAAACGCGUUUCUAUUAGCAUAAAAGAUCGAAGACACGAAACAUAGUGUGUUCGUACUACUCAGCAGGGUGUAAGCUAGCGAUAACCUAUCCUAGUUGUAAUCUUAUAAAACUUUCCAAAAGCACGCCAAUAAACGGCGGUACAAAAUACGCUGUGUUUGCAUCUGAGACAAAAACAACAAAGUGAUACAUAAAUUACUAGAAAUCCGAUGUUGGUACAUCGCCUGCUCGGGUCAUCUGCGGUUAUGCUUUGAUCGAUAUGAUUCUAACCACAAAUUAAACUUAGAAUACCCAGACCCGGCUGGAUCUUUACGAAAUACAAGACUACUUUGUAGGUUGAGCGGUUAAAUUGGACACAAUAUUGUUAUGGUUCAUUUACGAUGAAAGGAAAACAUUUCGUUCAAUGACCCUUACGCGAUGAAUUUUAAUUUCCUAGGUCAGCUGACGAUCUUUUAGACAGGGUAAAAGAACUUCUAAUCAGGGACUCCGUCACGUUUUUCGGCGAAUAACGGCCUUAUCUGUUUUUCAAAUAACGCGCUGGAAGGUUUGGAGUAACUUCUUAAAGAGGUAUGUUCACUGAUGCAAGUAUAACGUUAAGGACUGUCACAAGUUUAAUUCGAAACUUCGAUUAAACUGUGAUUUCCAAAUAAUUCUUUGUAUGUGUGCAAACGAAUUUAAGAUGAACUAGGACGCCUGAAACUUCUUCUCCUACAGUUACAUCAAAAUUACGAGUUUAAGACUUUUGAGAGAUCUUUGAAUCUGGUGCUCUAGAGCGUGUCUUCGCUCCGUAUAAUUGGCAAACACAAUGCAUUCGUACCGUGCGAUUAACAAGUCCCAGUUGGCUUCUACACAAAUGAAAACUCCUUCAAUUAAGAUCUGAAAGAAGAUAACUGACAGGACACAAACAAUAUGACGGCAGAAGAUAUAGUUGAACGCAAGGAUUCCCUACAUUAUAUUCUUCGCUACUUUCUUUUAGAAAAUUCCGUUUCCCAAGAGUAAACUUAUUCGCGUGCCAGUUGGAGAACGCUGUUUGCAAGUCGGAGAUUCAAACAUUCGUUUUUUUUCCUCUGCCUUUUGAACUGCCAGUAGCGAUUCACCGCUGUUUAACGUCCAGGAUAAUAUUUUUAUGAACAAGCAUGAAGUUAAUGCACUUAAUCCAUUAAAUAUCACCACAAACAUUGCAAUGAUGUACUUAUGCAAAAUAUCCUCGUACCAGACAAUGUAAACAUGACGCAAAUUAUAUUCAGAGACAAAACGGCCACAAUUAUUUCUGAUCCAACCUUACGGCAAAGGCUCAUUGUACGGUGAUUCAGUUAUAUACGAGAAGGAUUACCUCGGCGCGUAUGUUAGCUUACGAAAGACACAUAACUUCACGUACCUAGUUCUGCUUUUAUACGAGCAAAAACAUUUUGCCACAAAAUUUCACACAGCUAAACUCAGAAAACGUAUUCGUGAAAAUGGUACAGAGACAUGGCUACUGUUUGUAAAAAAUAACAAUAUGGUAAUUUCAUAAAAAGUCUUCGGGUUUUAAGGAAAAAAAUAAAAUCGAUUUCAAUAAAAUGUGUACUAGCCCUGUGAAUUUAUUCACUCCAAGCUGGGGUUUCCCUUUGAUCCGGUGAGGUACCAUACGUUUUUUAUUCAAAAUUUUUGAGUCAAAUGAUAUACGACAAUUACUUCAAAUAAUUUCUUCUUCGCUUUCAGACAGUGCGUCUCUUUUUCAAUAAAACUUUUAGUAAAGGAGCCUUUUAUCGCGGAUAAAAAUGUAAAAUUCGCAUAUUUGAACGAAUCACGAAAGUAUUUAAUAUUACAUAGCGGCAUCGAAAAUAGUUCAACUUUCGAUUCACAUGGAAAAAUCUACAUCCGAGUUAGGAAAAUGAUAAAUUUAAAUGAUAAAAGAAAGUAAAGGAAAAAAAAGAGGAAAGAUUAUCAGCUGUCACCUUUCAAAAUGUUUAUUUCCAUCUGCAAAAUUGAAGAAAUAUAAAAUGGUUUCCGUGUUUACAUCGCCUGAUGUAAACACGCGGGAGGUUGGGAGAACACGAGACAAGCGUAGGAAACCACGACGCGAAGCGAAUUGGUUUCCAGCUUAUCGAGUGUUCUCCCAACCUCCCAAGUGUUUACAUCAGGCUAUAUAAACACAGAAACCAUUUUACAUUUCUUUUAUAGAAUAACUAAUGAAAGAGGGACGAAAACCGUGUUUACAUACACUCAUGUAAAAUGGUUUUAAGGCCAAUCAGAGCGCGCUUACUAUUUGAAUUAUUUUUUAAAUUCAAAUUUUCACCAAACCCUUCCUUAAAACUAACACCAAAUAAAGAAAACGAUAUUUCUGUUGUUUACUGCCAAUCUGAUAUAGAGCGAGGAAAUAUCGCCUCUGGGGAAACAAAAUCAGAGGAAAGCUGGGCUUGUUAAGAAACUAGAAUUGGUUUACUCUUUCAUUCAUAAUUCCAUUUUUUUACGCAAAUCAUACAUUCCAAGCUGACGUCCUUAUCUGACACUCAAAUUGAAUCAAGAUGCCCCGAUAUCUUCGAAAUAAUUUUGGAGAUUUAAUGGUCUGCAAAGUUGAAAUUUUUGGGCGCCGUUUCAAAUUAAUUCAAUAUAAAGUGCAGAAAUUUUUCGACUGUCUGAAGUUCAAGUUGUUUUAGUCUAUUAUCAUAUGCAGCUGUCACUCACCUAUUGAUUUUUUGCUAAAAUAAUCGAAAACUACUUAUUGUAGACUUUUCGACGAUUAAAAAAAAAAAAGGAAACCAUGUUGCAAUUUUUUUAGUCCUUCAUUAAAUUUAAAAGAAGAAUACCUAAAAAUCACGGUCACUAUUGCAAUAUCGAGUUUCAGCAAUAAAAAAUUCAUAAUAAUUCAUAAUAAUUCAUAACACAAUUCAGAAAAGCUUAAACAAGCUGUGACUGAUAUGUAAACUUAUCGUAUUCACAAAUUUCAAGCAGACUUCGCCAUUAGGGGGCAGGAAUGGGGGAUUGGUGAGGUUAAUUUUUUUCAAGGAUGGGCUUUUCGGCCGGGCCAUUUGGCAACAACAGGGUGUCCCCUUUCGCAGUAAAAAGGGCCGCUUUAGGAAAAGCCUUGUAUAUUCAUGUCAAACAGCGUUUAAAUUAAAGAAAUUUGUCUCACUCUUGUAGAAGAGCGGAAGAACUAAAAGUAGCCCCUCUCCUCCCCCCCCCUCCUGCCUUCUAUUAUGCCCGUCUCCAGCUAGACCUGUAUUUGUACUUAGUCCUUCACUCGAGAAGAAACACCUCAAUACCAAAGUGUUUAUCGAGUGUUUACGUUUUGAUGUAGAAAAUUAGUAAUCCUGCGGGAUCUGCAAAAGAAGCUGAUAAGGGGGCUUCUCUCUAGCUGAAUGAGCUGAAUCAUAAAUUGUUAAUCCCAUGAAUUUAUCCAGAACUGAAAUAAGUCGUCGAAGCCAUGGUAAUGAGUUUUCUUGGCCGACAGCGUCGUUGACAAUCCUUAUGGCAAAUCGAUUUUUGGAAGACACUGGUAGGUACAGAGUAUAAAUGCGUAUUUGAAUAAGGGAAAAACACUUAACCUAAGAGAAGAAAAGAACUAGGCUUACGGCGGCUAUCAAUCUUCUGACCGCCAAAACAACCCAAGAAUAACUAUUAUGAUCACCGCCAAAACAACCCAGAAUUUUUCUUUUUCAUUUUGUAGGAUGUAAAUGACAUUUUCAGCUGAUUGUCAACAUGAAUCCUGGGUUUAAAAUCUGGAUAUUUUGUCUAAUCUACUUCACUUUAAACCGCCAUUUCGUGUGCGGUUUUAACGAUACUGACUCAAUCCGAGCUAUGGUGACAUUCAACGAUACUCAGGGAGUCGUUAAACCGACGACUGUUCCUCGAGUGAAGCAUCAACUGCACAUCGCUGGUUUGUUCGAUCGCGAUUCUCGCAAUGGAGCAGGCUGCCUCGACGCUGCCUUCAUGGCCGUCGAAGAAAUCAACAACGAUUCAAAAUACCUGGCGGACUAUGAAAUUGUUCUUCACCAUCACAAAUCGACAAAGGUAUAGUUUAGAUUUUGUUUCUUUUUUCCUGUUUAUAACGAACAGGUGGGCUCUGUGUGUACUUUAGUCGGUUCUUUUGUGUCACUGAGUUCAUUGAGCCAGUUAAUGCAGGUUGGUCUCCUGCGAAAAUGUCCAAUUGAAGCUGGCAUACAUCUGUAAAUAUUUCAACCGUUUCGAGUGUUUUAUUUGUGAACUGAAUGAGAACAUUGUCUUACUGUGACAAGACGCCAAAUUCAAUGUACGUCGAAUAGUGAAUAUUCAAGCUGUUUUCGAAGGGUUUCCUUUGUGAAUUUAGUAACAAUUCCUUCGGUUGAUUUGUAGCCAAUUGUUGUGCGCAUUAAUGACCGCAACAAAUCUCGAGUCUUUUCUUUGUAAAUUAAACGACAAGCUUUUUGCGGAUCUAUUUUUUUGGUACUCUUACUCGUCGCCAUUUUGGGCAUUUUUGGCAUUUCCGAAUGUUGUGAGUUGAUGAGAGACUGACAGAUUCAUUUAUACUGAAACUGACUUAAAUUUUAAUCUGUAUUGAUUCGUAAAUAUUUCAGCUUUAUUUUUCUGAGCUUUAAAUGCCAUAUUCAUGACAGAAAAAGUCGCCCAAUUUUAAUAUUUAAUGAUUCGGAAAUGCAUUCCCAGUUUUCAAUGUUAUCUCUGACAUUAAAUUGACGACUUUCAAGUACACACCAGCCAUCGGCUUUAUUUCAGUAAACGGGAAUAUAUCAUUUACUGUGUUUUCAUAUCAGAUACAGACAUUUUUAUCACCAAAAAAAUCAGUAAUUUCAACAGCGCCCUAAUCCACUCGUUUGAUAUGUUUAGACUACGGACCUGUUGUAAUUAGACUGUAUACGGAUAAAAACAUACUAAAUGUAAAAUUAAUCAGUUCGGUGCCAUAACUCGAGUGUAAAAAAAACUAGAAGAUUUUUCUUUAUCUUCAGUUAACCUUAAAACUCGCAUAUUUCCAAGAAUUUGAUCGUCUGCCCUGAAAGCAAUAUUGUGAAACUUUGUAAUUGGGUCGUUUCGUUGUUGGUGAUUUUUCGCUCUCCCUACCUUUUGUUAACAUAGUAAAAAAUUGUUUGCAAUUAUAUUAAACACUUGUAAGUGAAACUUGCCGGUAUCAUCUAAAAACAUACUGUACGCAUUUGCAAUUGAAAAAACGUCUCCGACUCAGACGAAGCGAAUUGAUAAUUGAUGACAGCAUGUAAUAACAACGCUUUGUCUUUCAUUUGCAUAAGCUGAGAACGGAGAUAAGAUAAUUAAUACCUCGGGCAUUUUUUCUUUUUUUAUAAGGGGGGGGAUGUCACAUUAUUCCCUGUUGGGAACGGAGGGGGUCAGUCGUUGCUGACAAAGUAUGAAGGGGGGAACUUUAGAAAAUAAACAGCCAAUAAAGGGGGGUGGGGGGAGUCGUAAGAACACUUCAAAGGCUCAUGGGGGGACGAGGAAAAUUUUAAAGUUACACAGCCAAAAUACUUCGAUUUCCCCCCCCCCCCCCACAGGAAUCAAUUCAAUAAUGCCUGGCCCCUACGUAAGCUGCCAAAACUUUGCAACACGACCCAGUAGCGUGCGAAAGACUGAUAUUAAUUAAUUGAACUUCCGGUUCAUUAUGCACAUCAACCGGAAGUAGAAUAACGACUCUUUAAGGCUGUAUUUGGAAUAACUCCAGUCAACUUGAAGCCUUUGUUUUCUUUUUGUUUGGCAUUAUGAACGAAAAGGAUGAUGCUUGUCUGGAAAAACAAUUAUUUGGACUGGGUUGCUGUUACAAGCCUUAAAACAUCUGUUCUUGAGCUUUUCUUUUGGCUUUAUAGUUUUUUUUUUCAUUUCACGUCGUUUGCAUGCUCAUUGUAAACGGGGCUGCUGCAGAAAACAAGUAUUUAUAAAUUUCAGUCACAAAAAUGCAUUUUCUCUGGUACUCAUAAAUUACCUAAUAGGAUAUUUUUUUCAUUAUAACCACCAUUGAGUUAUAAGAUGUUUAUAUUUCAUAAUAAUUUAUAAAAAAAAUUAAAUUAAAAUUAAAUGAAAAAAAAUAGUCUGCUGGGGAUCUAAUCCCUGAGGUUUUGUCUAAAUUAAGAAUUCGACUGACGAGGCAUUUUUUUAUUUUCUUUGAAACGGAAAUAUUUCUAAAGUCCUGGUCUAGAAACAAUACCUUGAAGAUCACGUGAAUUUGUUUAGUGAAUGCUCAAUAUUCUCUUAGCGAAAAUUAUAGCUGCUAUCUUUGAUUUUUACAGCAGUGGAAGCCUAGGGAGAAAUAGAGAUUUUUUUAACAAUUUUCACGACGGUCAAAAGGAAGGAGAAGCGAAGGGUGGGGAAAUGUUUAUAAAUCUCUCACCUUUCUCACCCCCUCCCACCGUCUGCUCUAACUCUAAAUCAAACAUAGCCACCCUGAUAAAAGAUCGCGAGUUUAUAACGGCGACUCGCCCUAACAGCACGCAUGAAAUGCAAGCCAGAAAAGUUUUAAAGUGUUAAACAAUAAUUUUUCCUCUUCCAAAGUCCUAGAAACCUCACUUGCCUGUAAUAUGGUGAUUGAAAAACUCCUUUUCACGUGGAGCACAAAAUGUCUUUCUUUCAGGGCCGUCUCAGCGAAGGAACCAAAAUAUUGUACGAAUAUUUAAACACUCCACCCAAAAAGCUUAUGAUCCUUGGACCAUUUAAUGAUGACCUGGCCAAAACAGUGGCUGCAUAUGCCGGACUGCGUGAGAUUAGAAUUUUACAGGUAAGAAUUAAUCUAAUUCAUUUGGUUACUUGAGUACAUAGGCAUUUAAAUUGACUGUAAGUACGAAAUAAUGCCAGGUAAGAAAAUCGAAAGUUGCUUACAUUAUUAAUGUGUUACCAUGGGCUUGAAUGACCUUACCAUAUGAUAUUCCCACUCGCCACUGAGGAUGAACAAAUAAUGUUCUAAAGAGAAAUAUCAUCUCCUUGAUCUUUAAUUGAACCCUGAAAAAAAAAAUUGAGAGGUUUAACACCGAAGACACCCAACGCAUAGUAGAAUACUUCUUAUAAUAUUUCGCCUAUGGUGUUUUCAAAGCCACCGUUCAGCCCGCGAUUUUGAUAUACAUGCUGUGUAACCCCCCUCCUUCUAACCCCAGACCCCCAGAUCUCCUCUAACACAUCCGGAGGGUACGAUUUCUUCGUAAUGAGGAGGGGGGGGGGGUGGUGGGAAUACACUAGCGCUUAAGGAGGUUUUACUAAAAAAAAAUAUAAUUUCCAGAAAAAGGGCGUUCUUGACGGUAUCAAAAUUAGUCAAGUGUUAUUGCUGAUGAGUGAAGCUGUCGUUACUGCUCAAAUUAAAGAAAUCGAGUCUUUUUCUGAGAAUGAUAAUGUUCAAUUUUUAAGCGAACUGGCCUUAAAGAUACCGUUUUAAUAUUUAUAUUUUUUGCAGUUUUCUCAUGGAGCAACCGACCUGGAGCUCACAACCAAACGAGACCGAUAUCCUUUAUUCUUCCGCACCGUUCCAACAGAAUUCGUCUUCAACGAGCCUCGUUUGCAGUUUAUCAAUAAAUUUGGCUGGAAGGACGAAAUUGGUUUGAUUUAUGACGCGUCACCAUACUACUCACUGGUGAGUUUACAGUCAAAUGAAUGUCCCAGCAUGUUUGUGUUAUCAUUCGUCUAUGCAUUGAUUGAAACUUGCGCAUAAACAGGCGCUAGUUUUAAAAGUUCACCUGUGGAAUGUGGUUGUGGCGAUAAAAUCAAAUUGAAGACUUAAAGUUUAGCUGCUUUAACCACAGAAUGCUCUUCCAUCUGUCUAUUAUGUUAUUCUUUCAGCCGAGAAACUUAGUGUUACUACUGUUGUCGCCAUAACGCGCCUUCUUUAGCCGCUCCGAACCGCUCGAUUCAAGCGGGUACGAGUGAACCGGACAUGUAUACGCGAGUUAGAAGUAACGAGCUCGAAGGAUUUCUGCUUUGCGUGGUGUGCAUAUUUCUGAGUCUUUGCUACGCACGCUAAUGGACGAAGUUUUAAAGUGAGAAAUUCGUAAAGGACUGAUCCAAAUGACGCUGUUUUGCUUCAUAGAUAAGCAAGCAUCUAGCUAAAAGUCUGGAAGGCAAUGGGAGCAAAAUCGUGGCAAAUGAAGGCUUUACACAAGAUCCAGCAGUUGCUGUCAAAAUCCUAAAGGUACAGAAAGUAAUUCACGUUUUAAGGCUUGCUGUAAUGUAUAUGUUUUUAAAUGAAAACACAGCUGAGUGGACAAUUGACUGAGUCAAAAUGUAAAUGCCCUUGAGGGAGGAAAAAAUUCAAUUUUGCUCCGUUUUGUUCAAAAAGAAAAACGAAAACGGACUCCUUUGAAAAUGGAUUAGUGCAGUCAAGCCCUUAAUUUCACUUUUUCACUACACUGGGCCCCCCAGGCUGAGCCCAGAAGAUCAGAGAGAGGAUUCUAAUUUUUUCAUAAUAACUGCACACUCUGGAAAAGAAAUGAUAUUUUGACUUUUUCUUUCUCAGGACAAGGGAGCCCACAUUAUCAUUGGUACAUUUCAUCACUCCAGAGCAAGAGAAGUGUUUUGUCAGGUAAGCCUGUAAUUGUGGCUAAACUCGUGCGAAGGAAAAUGUUCCCCCAUCGUUAUAUUCCCCUUGGAGAUAUUGGGCAAGAUAACCGAAUCGUUAAGUUUUCUUAAACUACGCGCCAUCUGAUUGAAAAUGCGUUUCAGGUUGUUUUUGUGCAAUUUGCGUCAGCCUUGCAAACGAAUCUAUGUUUGGAAUUAAACAAGCUUAAAACCUUUGGUAUUCUCAGACAACUGCACUGCUGAAUUACAAUUGAAAAUAAGCUAUAAAAUGCUAGUAGAUUUUCAGUCUCUACAGUACAGCUUUUAAGACCAAUUAAGCUCUUUAGGUUAUUAGCAGGUUCCUGUUUUCAAAUUCUUUCGAUUAAUUCUCAUUUUCACACCUUAGAGUGAUAAUUUUUGAUAAUGGCUUCUCAGGUGUACAAUUAAAAGCUCACUCAGAGCACUCUGGAGUAGUAUGGCAAUAGUUUAUAUCUUAUCCUACAAUAAUACCUGUCGAUCAUUAAAUCUUCCAUUUAAGGCUUAUCGAAACAGAAUGUACGGCGAAAACUACGUCUGGAUGGUAACAUCUACCCCGGAUGCUAAUAUAACCUCUGAUUGGUGGAAUCCUGAACUCCCCACAAAAUUAGAUUGCACGAGAUCACAGAUGGAAGAAGCGUUAGAUCACCACUUCAAUUUCUACUACAAGAAUGAAAUCAACGACACUUUAGUGUCAGGAAAGGUACACGUUGUUUUCAACACUGUGCAGCUUUUGCCUCCGAAACCAUUUCCUUUUACAGCCUUAUAACAAAGAAUACACUUUCGCGCUUAACUAAUUUGCGUCUUACAUUUUUUAGACAACAGAUAAAUUCUUUACGCACUACAAUCAAAGAAUCCCACCUUCGUUCCGUAGUACUUACGCGCCAUUUGCUUACGAGGCCAUGUGGGCGAUUGCCGUUACUCUUGAGCGUGCUCGGCCAGUAUUGACCGCGUGGGGCAUGGAACUACACGACCUUGGUUACGGGCGACCCAUGGUGAGCGAGCUGUUGAAGGAAGAGGCAGCCCAAUUGCAUUUUACGGGACCGUCGGUAAGGAUUGUACGUACGGGCAAAUGUAAGAGAAUAGCUGCUGUUAUGCAUCAACUUAGUUAGAGAUCACAGUUGACGAAACGAAAACUUAAAAAAAAAAAAAAAACAAACAAACAAAACCGAAAAUUAACCAUAAAAGAAAAGGUUGUCUAUUAGCCACAGGCAAGCGAGUCACUUAUUUGCCUUCCAAAAUCUUAUGGCUUGUGAUUUAUUUGUGGUGAUUAUGUUAAUGAAAUGUCUUUGAAGCGAUUUCCAUCUAUCUUUGAUUGGUUAUAGGGUGUAGUCGCGUUUGAUGAGAAUGGAAACAGGAAGUGCACAGUUUUCAUUCAGCAGUUCACGAAAUCUGGUAGGUAGACAGGCAUCAGCUCACUUCUCAAAUGUUGUUUCUUUCUCGUAAGAGAAGAUGUAUGCGUUUUCUAACAAACCCCUUGAUAAUACUUUAAUUUCAAGGUUAAAAAAAAUUCUUAGAAAAAAAAUGCAUUCAUUGUUAUCUUUUUUUCCCUUUUCGUCCAGCUGGCUCUUUUGAAGUGGGUGUGUAUGACUACAAUCCCCCUUCCCUUCUCCUGAGGGGAGAUUCCACAGGAAACGGUACACCAGCGGUUUUGAAAUAUGUAAAUUGGCCAGGUAAGUCAUAUCAACUUCUCUGGAGGCUCAUGUCUCCAAAAAAAAAAUUGUUGGACUGUCGGUUCUUCAAAGGUGGACAGCAGAGAAUAGAAACUAAUUCAAUAAUAAAUAUUUUCGAUGGUUUUUUCUUUACGCCGAACGUUCAUCGAUUGUAAGCAGUCUAGCUUCUAAGUAUAACAGGGUAAGAUGGUUUAGCAGCUGAGUUGAUAACGUAAAUUGGCCACCGUAAAGAGUUGCAAAGCUGACGUUUCGAGCGUUAGCCCUUCGUCAGAGCAAAAGCUUCAGAGCGAGAGCUCUGAAAAAGGGUCUACGCUCGAAAUGUCAGCUUCGCAAUUCUUUACGGUGGCCAAUUUAUGUUAUCAACUCAGUUGAUAAAACUAAAAUAUCCUGUUAUACUCUCCCAUCGAUACGGCACCACUGUUUCUCUAGAAACUUACCCCCUUUAUUCAUUCGGCUUCUAAGUAGUCUAAAGAGUUCUUCUAAACACUUUAAACUCCCAAGAUCUUGCAACUAAUUUUCCUUCUGGCUUGUUCACCCUUUAACAGAUUGAUGUCUCCAUUCCUCUUACCUUGUCUUUGUAUAACUGUUUUAGAAUUGUAAUGAGAAGUUAUGUAUUCAUCACCUCAUUUUUACUCUCAAUUCCCAGCCGGUCAACCUUACCAAAGGAAAUCUUCAACAGAUUCGUGGUUAUACAUCAGUCUUCCUCUCUUCCUGUCGUGGUCUUUAAUCUCUGGAUUUCUUCUCGUUUGCUGUGUUCUUUGUUUGGCUUUACUUUUAGUUUUUCGACGACAUAGGUGAGGAAAAGUCGCCAAUCAUUUAAUUUCUAUUGGUAGAUCGAAAUAAUUUUUAAGGUUUCAAUUUUAAGUUCGUUUGUUACUACUGCCUUUGCAUUUUGAAAAUUUUGCCUUUCUUUUUUUGUUAAAGUCAUUAUUCGCAGCCCGUUUUAUUUGCCAUUAUUUUCGCCUCUCGGUUUUUUCUUCUUUUGUGCUUAUUUUGCCUUACUAAGCUGGUACUCAGACAAGCUAGAGCCUCCUUCAAGUAAAUGUUAGUUCAUCGUGUCCAAAACAUAGUAGGGAUCUUCAGCAAACCACGAUGGCGACGACAACGAGGACUUGGCAAAACAAAAGAUCUAAUGAGCAGAACAAUAGCUCAGCACAUGCGUUUUAAACUGUGUACAUUUCUUAGCCGUCCUCUGCAAAAUAACAACGUGAAAUUAUCAAAAUUUGCGUGGUCCGAGAAAGGAAACCUCGACGAAAGAUAAAUUAAGUUUCCAUUUGGAACACAACGCCGCUCUCAUACGUUCUGCUGAGGUUAACUUGCAUUCAGUCCUUCGCGAAAUUCCAACUAAAAUAUGUAUUCAUUUUUUAAUAAUCGACGUCUUCCUUGGCGUUACAGUGGUAACUGCUAAAGGCCUCUAAUAGGAAGCGGCGCUCUCAAAGAAGCCAAAAGACGGUUUCUUCAGUUUUUUUUUCAUUCGAUACCUAAUGUUUAGCUGAUUAAAAUGCUUCCAAUUUAUUUAUUUUAGGCAGAGAGCCACCCAUGAAAACUCGAAAUGGUUAGGAACUUGCACCAGAGAGUGUUUAAGCGCUGCAAAAGGAAUUUCUUAAUAUGCAGAUUGAUGCAUUGAGGCCAAACCAAAAUUUGCACAAAGUUAUAACCGCGCGACUACAGUGAAUUUCAUUUCUUCUGCAUAAUACAACCAAAUUAUUUUUCCUUCAUAAUGUCACUAAACACAUUUUUUCCUAAUACAAAACAAUCCAGAGUCAUCUACCAUUCUGGCUUUUACCUCACUGAAUUGCUCAUCUUUGGCUGCAUGCUGAAUCUUCUUUCCGUUGUGCUGUUUGGACUUGACGGUGCCCUUGUUUCCUUUGAACUGAUGCAGUGGGUUUGUCAGGUUAGCAUACGUACACGUUAAAAGUUGCUAUGAGCUUAAGGAACCACGCAUGCAAAGGAAUGGGCUGGUAAGGUUUAUUAGAAAGCAAAUAAAAAAAGUUUUAAUCGUUUUUUAUGGAAAACGUAAUGAGUCAAGACUCUAUUAAAUUUUAUUUUUAAAAACAGAUAGCUCCCCCUCCUCGUUAUAGACAGAUUUCCUGAUGAACUCCCCCGAACUGUCCUCAAUAUGUCAUCAUUCCCGCAGUCUUUCCGUAAACCUCUUGUCAUAAACGGUAAAUUAUACUAAUUCGUGUCUACUUUCGAGGUUUCUAUCCUAAGAGAAAAUAUUUACCAACGAUUGAGCAGAGUAACAGGCAGUUAUGAUAGGAUACUGGCGAACGACAUUCGACGAGAGCAAAGAAACCAAUGAAAAAACUCUCUUUUCUAGGAAGAAACAUUGUCUAACUUGUUUGCUGCGUGGCGUCGACAUUGUAUCGAUUUCAUUUUCAGGCACGUUCCUGGUUUCUCAGCCUGGGGUUCACGUUUUGUCUCGGCAGUGUACUUCCCAGAGUCCUCUUCGCUUUCAGAGUUGUGUCAAGGAGACCACUAACGAUAAAAAAGGUUCGCAGGUGUACUUUAUGGUAGACGAAAAUUCUACCUUAAAACUUGUGCUAAAAUGAAAAGCUAGAUCAUUUUCACGGUGUGUCAGAAUUUUGUGGGUGCAAGGUUUUUACCUUAUUUUCUCUUUUAUAGCAUUCAGUUAAAACUCCUGUAAAAUCCGUACAGAAUGCGCAAACUAAUCACCAAAAGUGUGCUCAAUUCAAAUUUUCUGAAGGUAACCAUUGCUUGGCCGGCUUUUUCUCGCGCUGCACAGAGGUUAUAAGAUUGAUCCCACGCAAUGCAAGGUUUCCCAUUAUACCACGCUAUCCAAUGGUUACAUGGAUAGCGUCCGUGCACUUUUCGACGAUAACAUUUUUCCUCGCACCAAAAAAGACCACAUCUUUUCUCGCGCUUUUCUUGAAAGUGUUUUAACAUUCUUCCACUUUAUGCUGAUUAUCCGUUUCCCUUUCAUCGCCAAAAUUCCCAUGUGUUUGCUUUGCCCCCUAAUUCUUUAACUCCCAAGAUCUGAUUGUCAAUUCUCCCCUCUAACUGUUACACAUUUCCUUGGUAAUUGGUUGCGAGAAUGAAGUGUUUGAUCAAGAUUACAACCUGUCCCUAGUAAGUUUCAGUAUUCUCGUUACCUGUUUGCUGGAUAAUGUAUUGAUAUUGUGGGGAGGAUUUACAAGUUAAUCACUUCUGGCAAUGACGAAAUUUCACUCUUGAUUCAGGUUCCAUGGAUGUGGAUGCAUUUCAUAGCCUUGAUUAUCUUCAUUUGUGACGUCAUUUUGUUGAUCACGUGGCAAGUUAUUUUUAACCCCCGUGCAGUGAGAACUCUGCGAGAGGUUAGUUGAGAUGAGUUCAUAACUAAGUAACUAAAGAAGAGGAAUAUUAUCUGCUAAUUAUUACAUAAUACGUUUUGAACUCGACCCAUAAUUUUGGAAAAACUGCCACAGCAGAUUUACCUCAUGUAAUAAUUCUGACCCUUAAAAAUUUCUUAGACUUACAUUAAAUUGGAUAUUUAACAACUGUGGGACGGUCCUUUUUGUAGCAGCAGGGAAAUUAUCAGGGGUAAUCCACGGGUUUGCUGGGUUCGUCCAUUGCUGCAUGACUGUGGUAUUUACUUCGUUACUUUUUCCGGGUCGAAAGAUUGGUUUUGUGGAGAAACGUUAUGAAAAUGGAAUUCGUCUUCCCGAAGAAUCCUCCAUCAAGCUUCCAGUAGAGCCUUCCAACAAAAAUCCCUUUGAGCGAGGAAGAAAACAAACACCUGUAAUUUGUAUAACUCGACCCAUGAGACAUGAUUAUUCAUCUUUGCAAGUAUCCGGAAAAAAAUCGAACUCAGGCCACAGUACCAAAACAUUUGAAGGGGCGACUGAAAUCUCGUACUAUCACUGCGCAUUUGCGAACCUCAGUAAGUGCUCACUUAACCAACAUCCCGACCCAAUUGUUGAAUUUCGACAGGUAUCCAGACCCCGUCCGUACCAUGAGCGAACAGUCCUCGUUGAACAAUGCAUCUCUGACGAUGAGAUGGGAGCGCUGGCUCUCCUCUUCAUUCCCAAGGGAGUACUUCUCCUGAUUGGCGCCUUAGCAGCCUGGCCGGCACGCCACCUGUGUAUGCCGUUGUGUAACAACACGCGAAACUGUGCUCAGUGUGUGGCAAUAGCAAGUGUAAUGUGCGUCAUCGAGAUUCCGAUAAUAAUGCACGUGCGACAGUAUCCCAAUCCCUUUUAUGGUAUUACAGGUCUCAUCAUCAUCGUUAUAUCAGCGGCACUCUUGAUUAUUGGAGUCAUUCCGCAGGUGAGAAUAAAAUUAGGUCCACAGGGAGUUAAGAAGUAAGAGGAAGGUAGGUAGCGAAGCAGACCAGACACUAGCGAGAGCGUGGCGUUGUGGGACCUUGGGGUACAUGUGUCUGCCUCCACAACCCCCUUCUUCCUAGUAAGGAUUUGGAAAUUCUUUAGAUAGGGAAAUAAAGGAAUCCCAACUCUCUUGACUCAUCUGAAAACCCAAGUGUCUAUUCUAUUUUCCACGAGAAAAAUCUGACGACAAUCAUGUUAUUGAUAUGUAAAGUCCCCUGGGGUAGAAAGAGCAUAUUUGAGCAAAAGUUUGCAUUUAAAUUCAGAUUUCCCAUGAUUUUUUUUUCGCUUUUGUUGAUGCUCUUAAAAAAUUGAGAAAAUUCUUGGUUCAGCGCAAAAUCAAUGUAACACAACUUGUCGAGUCAGGAGUAGUAAUGGGCUUUUGGUCGAGUUCGAUAUCUAUCAGAGUGACCAACUUGAAGAAGAGAGGAGUGAUUUUAUGAGAGACAACUUAGCGUAACUUUGUGCUCUGAUCAAAGUUAGUCAAAAUGCCUUUAUUGGACUGGACACAGAAGAAUAUCUUUUCUGUUACUAACACUAUUCCGUGAAUUGAAGUAUUCCAGCGUAAAGGGAAAAACUCUCUCGGAAAUCUCCUAGACUAAAAUUACGGUAUUGUUUUUUUUCUUCACAACAGCUGAAACGGGCCCAGAAAUGCCAAAAGAAAUCACAGAUCGCAUCUGAAGAAAACAAUGAUGUAGAAAUGAGACAUGACAACAAUUACGAGAACAACUGCGGCGGCUGUGAAUGUGAUGUAUGUGCUAAUCCCAAGAAGUUCAGACCCCAACUGGCCUCGUGCUCAGGCCCCUACUCCUGUGCGCCGAUCUCCCAUGAGUGGGACUACAUGGUCAACAACAUACCAAACAGAACUAAAGAAGGGGAGACUCGCAUUGUAACCGAGGCAAGUAUAUUUUUUAGACUCCAUCUUCCUUAAGGAAAGGUUUACCAGAAGAGGAUUUCAGUCUUCGAUGGGAUUUGAAGCCGUGGGUAUUGGGUGGCGCCUAACUAAUGCCAGAGAGGCACAUGUUCGAAUCCAUUCGUAGCCUUGAUUUUUUCAGGGUUUUUGUUUGUUCAAUUUUUAAGUUCAGUUUACCCGGAAGGAUCAUCGCGUUCCUUAAUAGUUGUGCAAUCUUCAAUGAACCCUAUAACUCCCAAAAGUGAUUAACAUGUAACUUCUCCCUAUUAUAUUCAUACAGUAUUUAGCAAACAGGUAAUGAGAAUAUUCAAACUUAUCAGGUAGAAGUUGUUAUCCUGAUGUAACACCAAAUUCUCGUAGCCAAUUUAUUAGGAAAUGUAUAGGAACGAGAGGGGAGAAUUAACAAUCAGGUCGUGGGAGUUAAAAGAUUGAGAGAAGAUGCCAUAUUCCAUUAUUUAUCUCACAUACAGACAGUCUACAUUGACCCACCCAAGAUUCCAACAGCGGCAGCGUACACUCAAACAAUGCAAGUCUUGUACAACACAUCCCAGGUACAAACAGUCGUCGUCAGAACCCAGAGCGCUUGCAUGUUAACAGAACCGGAACCAGAAGUCGAAACUGCAGAACUGAUGAUGCAAACGGAAGCGGAAGAACCAACACCAGUGGCGACUGUCGACACACAGACAAUAAGUGUUAAGUUGAGUGACAGCAUUGUCCAAACAGAGAGAAAACCACUAAGUCAUAUUCACACACAAACAGACAAGGCGAAGAUGAACGAUUCAUUCGUUCAAACGGAUGAUGUAAGUACAACACAUUCUCCUUUGACGAUUUGUUUCCAAAGUGCUAGUUAGCGAUUAAUAGAUUUUAGGUAAACUUUCCAAUCAUUUUCUCUAUUCGCCAGCCUUACAGGCUACGGGCUCGAUUUGCAACGUUCCCUUGAGUGCGAGCUCCGAUUUUCCCGAUAAGGAGCGGGAGGGAGCGCGGAAUCAUUUGCCGAACAGCGGCUGGACGUAUACUACAUUUAAACUUAUUAGGGUAUGACUUUUGAAAAUAUGACUUUUAUUCACAGCCUCCUGAGCCAGAAAUCGUGGACGAUGAAUCAGACACAGCCAGCGUUACCAGCAGUAUGUCCACCAGUCCAAAGCAACAGCGAAAGACGAGAAGAUCCAGAUUCAAUAUACAACCAAAAAUUAACACGAACUUAAGUCAAAGAAAAAAAGAAUUGGUAGCAAAAUCAUCUCAUGUGACGACACCUCGUCUGAGGCUGUCAACACCUCAGCCGUACCCUACACCAAGAUCGAGAGAUCCAUCGCCAGCUCGGGGGGAAAAUAGAUGAAGAUUAGAUUCUGCUGAUCGAUGAGCUCGGGUGGUGGGUCAAGCUUGUUGCAACUCUUGAGAAAUGGCUGUAACUUCAACAAUAAAUGAGGAAAAAGCAUCGUAUUUAAGAGCUUUGUCAACGAGUUAUUUGUUUGCGGGAGUAAAACAACUUCCGGUUAGAAGGAGACUACUGGAAAACUGGAGAUUCCAUUAAAAGCCGGUUAUCGGCGGUCUUCUGCCGCCUUUAACCCCUAAAUUCCCAUGAGUGGCCAAGAAGGAAUUUCUCCUUACCAUAUCGAUAUAAUAUCAAGCAGAAAGGUGAUGAGAAAAAAAAGAAAUAUCAAUUAGGAGAGUGUUGAUUCAUCUUAUACAAAUUCUCUGAACUAACAUCAUAAGAAUUGUACGGCAGACAGUAAGGAGAAUUACUGAUGAGAUCGUGUGUUUGGCUUUCGCGUUGUUGCCCAUUUUUCGGGCACAGCGGCCUAUUAAACAAUUUCUCCUUGAGUAUAGAAAUAUUUUAGUUUUGGCCGUGAUCUCUAGUGCGAUGAAUCUUUGUUGAGGCUAAGACGACCGUAGAAUAGUCGCAUCAUGUGUACUGUAGGUGGCCUCGGUCUACAUGUCGGCCGAUAUAUCGGUCGACUGUCAAGGUACUUGUCGACCGACUAUCGGUCGAUCGUCGACCUAUAU